GUCCGUUGUGAUGUGGACCGAGAGAAUCCGCAUUAAAAAUUUACCCCGAUGAACUCUGAUACUACGAGAAAUCGUGUCUCUGUAAGCCCACCAGCGGAGCGCGGUGGAAGGGCCCGCAUCCGAGUCACAAAUGCCUGCAAGCAAUGUCAGCAACUAAAGAGGCGUUGCGACGGCCUGAAGCCUUCUUGUCAACAUUGUUUGAAACUCAACAAACCCUGUGAAUACGUCGAGCGGAGAGGCCGAGGAGUUGCAAAACGCAAAAAUGACAUGACUAUGCUGGAGGAGCGAUUGAUGAGGAUAGAAGCAUCUUUGAAGGAGCAAAGCACCGAAGAGAUACCUGCACUGGAUGAAGCGGCAACACAAUUAGAUCACCACUCCAUAGUUGAUCAGGCUGCUCCAUCGGGUCCGCAAAUUCAUCCAUUCAUCCAAACUACGAAUAGUCACCUUGAACGAGUUAGUCCAGCGCCCGCGAGUGCCUCGGAGGGUGACAGCAAUGCGAUUCCACUCGACCAAAAUUUACCGUCCUCAGGGAGUGGUCCGUCGAACAGCAUCCAGAUCUUCUCAACUUUUGCAACAGAAGUCCACAACAACGUCCAAAAGUCCCGCAGAGAUUUAGACAGAGGCCCGUUCCAGUGGAAAAUAUUCGCUCAACUUCCCGUUAAACUGCUGGUCUUGGACCUGAUACUACAAGCGAUGCCUUCUCUACCAUUACAAAGCAUAUUAUAUCCACGAGAUUUACUUCAAAAUCUGCCUUGCAAUCCGCCUGGCCUCACUACAGAUGGAUCAAACGAGUUCUCAUCGGUUCCUGAGUGGGCUUUAACAAAUUCUCUCUUUGCUAAUGCGAUGAGACUAAAAACGGCUCUGGGUUCACUCAAGGGUUUAUCCCCAAUGAUCUGGGGCUACUUCAAAAAUGCAUUUUCUGUCUUCCCAGAACUUGUCAUCCAUACCUCAGAACUGCCUGCUUGUGAGGCUCUAGUCUCUAUGGCUAUGUUCAUGCACGGAACUGCUGACGUACGCGUCGCAUUGCAGCUUACUGCCGCUGCGACUAAUCUGGCAUAUUGUUUGGAUCUCCGUAGUAUGUGUCUAGACUCUGACGUUGGUGAGAACGAAGUCGAACGCUACAGGCGAUUAUUUUGGACAACUUACCUUCUCAACGCGGACAUACUACAUAAGUACGAUGUACCCUCGCCCGUACACAGCGAAAAGAUGCUCCCCCCGCUACCACAAGAAGUCGACAUUGGCGACGGACUGCCUGGCUACUACAGAAAACUAGCGGAGAUUAGUAUCAUACAAUGUCGCCUUGAUAAUGCAUUAUCAGCGAGCCGAUCUCUGGGACAAACCAACGGCGGAGUGCUAGAGACUGCCAGAUCCGUGCUCAACGACCUUCAAGGAUGGAGGAAAAGUCUCCCAGACCAUCUUCAGCAUUCAAACGUUAUACAAGAGCAUGACUUUGCGGUUUCGGUCAUGGUAUUACAUAUGAAAUACUUCAGCUGUGCGAUCAAGGUAUACACACAUAUAUCCCGAGGCGCACUAUUCGGUUUUCCAGCUCUGGAAGAUAUUACCAGCAACACGCCUGGACAAAACACCUCAAAUACAAGAUUAUCGUUCGACAUGGUUAUGGCGCGCAAUGCCGCCUUGGAAACCAUGAACCUAUUUCAACUACUGUCUCUGCAGCCGUUCGCGCAGAUCUGGGAACUGCUAUGUUACCCGCUUGCCGCUACCUUGUUGCUACUGUCAUGUAUACUAUCUAAUCCAGAAGCGCCCGAAUCAAAGAACGACGUUGCAUCGAUUAGAUCCUUCAUAGAGUUUUUGGGAAAGCUGUGUAGAAAUGGUAAUGACUUGCUCAGGGCACUGAAUGGAUGCAUCGACUUUCUCAAACUGGCAACAUACGCUAUUGAACAUUGCGAGAUCGAUGAGCAUCCUACAGGGUAUGAAGAAAUGUUCACUCAGGAUGAGGUGGAACAAAAGAUAGAGUUACUCCGCGAUAGAUUAGGAAAGGUGGUAGAUUUCAUGCAUCUUGCGCAAGGUUUGUUAAGCAAUGUUCCUAAAUUGCGUCGGGAAAUCGUGCUCAUUUUCUCGGGCGUGGUUGAUGUGGAGUCAGUGGAUGGCGAGUAUGGGGCUUUUGUACCCGAGGUGCUCAAGUCAAGUACUCAUAACUUCACGUUUGCAGCCUGAUGCCGUACUAUAACAUUAGGAUAACACGGGUCCUUCCAGCUUGUUUAAUAUCAUUCUUAAAGAUCUCACGUCACAGUUACUUGUAGUUAAUACAAUAAGCUGUAUAAUGAUGUCGCGGUGCUUGUCGCUUUUGCUUUAACCAUCGUUGUUAACGACUUAUUUCGCAACCUCGGCUAAUGUACAUUCCCUGUCGUUUUCGAACUGGUAUCACCGAU